AAUCAUUUUUCUGACUGCAGCAAAAUGGUGUAGUACUUCACAAGUCACAGCAGAACUUCAUAUUAAGGACAUGAUAAUAUUGUAAGCAAUAUCAUGUUAUAGACAUGGCAGUAUUGUAAGCAAUAUCUGGCUUAGUUUUCUAUCAGUCUGAUUAUUCUGCUGUGUACAGAUGGGAGUCAAGUUAAGCCAAUAUAAAUGUGAAGGGAAGAUAAACUCUCCAUCAGAUUAUCUCUCAAUAUUGAUGAGUUAUUCUGAAGCCUGUUACAAUGGCAAUCUCAUUUCCUGAAGCAUGUGGACCAUAACCAGUUUCUAAGGGCUAUCUGCUCUGGUGGUCUCAUGGAGCAAUCCCUUCCCAGUGGACUGCAGCAUAGAGCCUGAAUCCAAAGUUUCUGACAAGAUUCUCAUCCCAGCUGUGUAAAGAAGUGGUCUCCAUAGAUGGUUUCUACCACAAAGGUUUAAGUACAUAUAGAAAGCCUCAUGGAGUAAACAUCAAAGGCCUGUCUAGAUCAACAUCUGACAGUCAAAUAGUAUCAAGGGGAGUGAACAAGACAGUAGUUUAGCAGUGUCUCCAUAAUAAUGUCUUUUGCCCUUAAGUAAUUUGUAGUUCAGGGACCGAGGUGGCACCUGUGUGCUUAAAGUGACAGGAGAUCUUUACACGUCUCAUUAAUUGCAGCCUGUUUCACAUCCUUGUGAAGUUCUGUGAAACAUUUUAACUGAGUUAAAAAUAAACAAACAAGCAAACACAGGCACCACAUCGAUCUGCCGUAGAGCUGCAGCACAGAUUUCUCUGUUGGUUCUCUUGCUUCUUUGUCCAGCACGUUCACUCUGAACAAAGUCUCCACAAAAGCUGUAGAAAACCUCCAAACUGCUGACUGAACAAAUUAGAACUGAACAGGAGGCAGAGUCAGAUGGCACAGAAAGCAAGAGAUUCACUGUGAACACGAGGCGUUCACGCCUGAGAAGCGAUGCAAAACUGCACAGCUGAAAUGAUGACACUCUGCAAUGUAACCUUUUUGAAUGAAGCCCUGGAAAUCAGAAGAAUUGUGUCCUGGUAGUCCUUCUGUUGACUUGCUUUUUAACAUGAUCGCCUCACGCCGGUCGUGUUAAACUCAGCUUUAUCUUACACGCAACAUCAAUCUCAACUCUUGUACACCAGAAGGCAGUGGAUUCCCUCAGAGCUCUUUGGGAGCCGAGGGAGAUAAAAGCAAUGUCUGUGCAGUACUUUUCAGUCCGUGAUGCUACUAAACCUUUGAGAUGAUACUUUUCUCUGCCUGUUGCAUCUGUGGACUAAUCGGAGGGAUCUUAAAUUUUCAAUUUCUUCGUGCUCUGACAAAGAAGUCGUCUGCUCUCUAUUCUUUGCAUCUUGCCUCCAUGUCUCUUGCAUGCAUUGGAAUUGGUGGUUGCACCCUUUCUUCAUGGCUCACUUGUCGGCUAGCCAGCUAUGAACAAAGGCGAAUGUUCUCAGAAAGAGAACAUUCAUUGCAUCACUCCCAUGAAAUGGCAGAAAAAAGAUUGAGGGGUAUUGAAAUAACCGACCUGCCCAGCUGCCCGGUGGUUCCCCCGACACCAGAGUUACCUCCAAGGAAAUGACAGACAACCUAAGCAAUGGAGGCCCACAUCUGAUUUAUAAUGGAAGUGUAUAUUAAAAGGAUUUUUUUAAAGUUCCAUGGAAAGAAGUGGGCUUAGAAUUUUCUUCAGGAAAAAAUAGACUCCAAGAAAUUGAGCAGAUGGAACUACCUUAGCUUUUACAGCUCAAGAAUCACGACUGCAGAGCAGCACAGUUGCAUUUCUCUUUUAGAAGGAUGUUCCAGAUUCGUCUCUCCUAAACAUUUUGUGGAUGUACAGUAUUUAUUCACUUCCUGGCUACUCUCUUUGGGUUGUUUUGGGGGUUGAUUUUGUUUUGGUUUGGGUUUUUUUUUUUUUUUGUCUGAAUAACUUUUCAAGACUGUGAUAAUAUUUGAAAGAGACAUCUCAAGGCUCUUCUUCUAAUGAAGUCUCAAAAACUAGAAAAAAAAAGAAUUAAACUAAACCACAUUCAGCCUGGUCACAGGAUUCCUAAAGAGAAGAGGAGAGGACAGAGGAAGGAUGGCUCAGGGGAAUCAUUUUCUCCUCCCCACUUGGCAGCAUCUGGUGUAAUAUGAUGGCUUCAGAUCAUAUGGCACAGUACCAGCAAUACAUCUGCACAGCCCCCUCCCUGCAUCCCGAAUGCAUUCAGCCUCAGUUUUCCCAGUAGAUCGUAUCAAAAAGAGUACAAAUCACUCUUCCAAGAGGCUCUCAUUUCACCUUCAGAGUGUAUAUGGACAGUGUGCUGAAAACAACACCAAUGUCUUUGUUUUGAAAGACAGAAUGCUCUAAGAACGCCAUAAAUCAAAGAACCUCAACAAUGCCUUGUUGUAAAAAAACAGAAUGCAAUUGUAAAUAUUUCCAGUUUGUGAAUGAAGUCUAUUUCGUAACUUGUUCAUAAAAGAUGACAAAUAAAGGGAAAUAUAAACCAGA